CGGCGCUCCCGCUCCGCCCCAGCCCGCCGGAGCCGCGGCGGCCGGGGCUGGACAGGGUAGGGCCGGGCCGGGCCGGGCAGCAGCGCCAUGGGGCUGGAGACGGAGAAGGCGGACACCCGCAUCUUCAUGGACGACGACAACUUCCCGCCGGGCGGCCCCGCGCUGUCCGAGGCGGAGAAGUACGCGGAGGACGAGCAGGACCGGGACCCCCACGGGCUCAACGCCCACCUGCAGCUGGGCUUCGAGGACGUGAUCGCCGAGCCCGAGCUGACCCACUCCUUCGACAAGGUCUGGAUCUGUAGCCACGCUCUCUUCGAGCUCAGCAAGUACGUGCUCUACAAGCUCCUGAGCCUGCUGCUCGCCGUGCCGCUGGCCCUGGUGGCCGGGAUCGUGUUCGCGGCACUCAGCUGCCUGCACAUCUGGGUUGUGGUGCCGUUUGUGAGAACCUGUCUCAUGGUCUUGCCUUCAGUGCAAACCAUAUGGAAGAGCCUGACGGAUGUUUUCAUUGAACCUACCUUUCAUAGCGUGGGCCGAUGCUUUGCCAUGGUUAAUAUACGCCUAGAUCAAGAGUAAACGUCGGGGAUGCAACGCUGCUGUAAUUGUAGAUGGUGUUAUACCUCUUCGCUAAUGUAACAUUCAUUCCAAACUGUUAAGAUGACAAUGGCUGGUUUAAGUGGGAACAUGCUAUUAUUCUAAAACUCAUUUAUUUUCAGGGAAUCGAUUUAAGACUAAGUUUUCAUAUCUCACUAUUUUAACAGCAGAAUAAAUGUGGAAUAAGUUGGCAACACUUUAUUUUAAUGGUACGUUGAUUGCUAGAUUACAGGAGAAUUCUCUUGGAGGUUUAAUUGCCACCACAGUGAUAAUGAUUGGCGCUAUUGCUAUAAAUUUUUAAAUUAGUAGGCUGGGAUACUUCAGGUGAAAAUGGUCCCAAGGGUUUCACAUUGACUUUACUGCGAUUCCAGUAGGGAUCGUUUUUGGCCCUCACUACGCAGAAUGAUAUACUCAGUCCUUUAUUAUCCACAGUUAAAAUGAAUGUGACUAAUUGCAUAAGCAUUCAGAGAAAUUAACUGUUGUGUAAUUAUCCUGUACUGGGGAAAAAGAUCCCUGUAAGUUUAUCCCUUAAAAUAAGGUGUUACCUAAUGAUUUGGAACAUCAACUAAUAUGUAUAUUUUAUUUAAUGAGAAGUUAACUUUGCUGUAUAUUUUGUACCUUUGUAAAUGGCACUUGAUCAGCUUUCUUUUAACUAUUAUUUCUAUGGUAUUUGAACUCUAACAAACUUAUUAGGCAGCCAGAGUAAGACACUGCAAAAAUGACUUUAGAUAACUAAAAUUUCAAUUUAUAAAUUAUGCAGAUUUUUAAGUGUUGCUGUGCAAUUCUAGUAUAUCCAUUAUACAUAGCUGUGUGUAAAAGAAAAGAUUACAAGUUUUUUCAUACAUGACUAUGCAAAAGAGUUGGAAAUAUCUGUUUAUGAGAAAUGUUUUUUAUUAAAAAUGGGCUGUAGUAAAUGCAACCCUGCCUAUUUCUGUGUAUUAUCUGCGUGAACAUUGUGAUAUUUCAAAUGAUAGACACUAUGCUGGCACUUUAACUAGGUGGCAAGCUGUUAAACAUGUCAAGUAAGUGUAAUCGGUAUCCUUGUCUAAUUCUCCUUAUCUAUUGACAUGACUUCCCAUGUUGCUUAUUUACUAAAGUCUAACCCAUAAAAAAAGCCUUUCUUCGGUCUGCACCUGAUAGGGCUUGUAAACAAGAGUAACGGAACAGAUGCAGAGAUACAUUAAAAUUACAUUAGCCUAGGGUUUAUGCUGCUGUUUUCUGCCAAUUGCAAAAUGUUUGUAUGAUUUAGAAUUUUAUUUUCUAAAAUAGCAGCACAGAUUUCUUGUCAAACAAGACAAAUAAUAAAAUAAUAAAACAUCAGCUUUUUCCUA